GAAAGGCCCAUAUAAAAUCGCCACCACCACUGACAUCACACCAAAAAAGCGAACGAAUCGCAAUCUUUCUCUCUUAGCUGUUUGAUUGGGUCUUACUCGCUCUCUGCAUUUCUUUGAAAAAGCAGAAAAAUAGAGAAGAAAAAGCGGUAAAUCAAAAGCAAGAACGCAGAUAUGGCCGAGCAACUCUCCGACGACCAAAUCUCCGAGUUCAAGGAAGCUUUCAGUUUGUUCGACAAGGAUGGCGAUGGUUGCAUUACCACCAAGGAACUUGGAACCGUUAUGAGAUCGCUGGGACAGAACCCUACUGAGGCUGAACUUCAGGACAUGAUCAAUGAAGUUGAUGCUGAUGGUAAUGGGACCAUUGACUUUCCGGAGUUUCUGAACCUGAUGGCCAGGAAGAUGAAAGAUACUGACUCUGAGGAGGAGCUGAAAGAGGCUUUCAGAGUUUUUGACAAGGAUCAAAAUGGCUUCAUCUCUGCUGCAGAGCUCCGCCAUGUGAUGACAAACCUUGGUGAGAAGCUCACUGAUGAAGAGGUUGAUGAGAUGAUAAGGGAAGCCGAUGUGGACGGCGAUGGCCAGAUUAACUACGAGGAGUUCGUGAAGGUUAUGAUGGCUAAUAUGGGGGUAGGUAGAGCUACAAACCCAAAACACUCACUUCCAUGCUUGAUAAAAGCCAGUUUAGUGGCCACGUUAACUGAGAUGGAGAGGAAGGAAAAAAUGGAAGUUCAAGAAGAGGAGAGGAAGAAGAAGAUGAAGAUACUCUGUCUGCAUGGAUUCAGAACCAGUGGGAAGUUCCUUCAAAAGCAAAUCAGCAAAUGGGAUCCUUCUAUAUUCGCCAAUUUUGACCUGGAUUUCCCAGAUGGAAUAUAUCCUGCUGGAGGCAAGUCUGAUAUAGAAGGCAUCUUCCCAGCACCUUACUUUGAGUGGUUCCAGUUCAACAAAGAGUUCACCGAGUACACAAACUUGGAAGAAUGCAUUUCUUACUUGUGUGACUACAUCACAAGCAAAGGCCCUUUUGAUGGAUUCCUUGGCUUCUCUCAGGGCUCGACCUUGGCAGCCCUUUUGCUUGGAUAUCAAGCUCAGGGGAAGGUACUAAAAGACCAUCCACCGAUGAAAUUGUUUGUGUCGAUAUCCGGAUCAAGGUUCAGAGAACAAAGCAUAUGUGACAUUGCCUACAAAGAAAUCAUCAAGGUUAAAUCAGUACACUUCGUUGGAGCCAAGGACUGGUUGAGAUUGCCUUCUGAGGAGCUUGCAACUGCCUUUGAGAAUCCUCUCAUCAUAAGGCAUCCUCAAGGCCACACCGUCCCGAGAUUAGAUGAGGAAGCAACAAAGCAGCUCCAAAGUUGGGUUAAAGAAAUCCUUCAACCAAAAACUGAUGUUUUGGAUGAUAAACACAAGCUGGAUAAUGGAGAAACCAAGAAAGAACUCGACGAGAAAACACCUGAAGAGGUAGGUGGUGAUACUCACAAGCAAGAGGAGAGCAUUGACAUGAAGAGGGAACAGCCAGUCCAAGCCUGAAUGUAUAAUUAAGAAGUGAUGGAAUAAAGUUAGUUUGGCUGCUUAAUACAUAAGAAGCCUGAGAUCUGAUGUUAAAUGUUGAAUCUGAAUGUGCUAGAUGGCUAUUUCAUGCAUGAGAGCUAUAUCUUCUCCCUUAAUCUUUUAAGCAAUUUGAAUA